AUGGUCGGGACAAUCUAUUCCCCGCUCCAAGCUUUUACGAGCACAAUCCAAUCCAAAAGAGACUCUCCGAUGGUGGAUGCUGCAGCAUGUUGCUCCACCCAUCUCAUUGAUGGAGAUGGUAGUUUUAACGCAACAGGACUUGACAAGUUCAUGAAGGAAGUAAAACUCGGCGAAUGUGGUCUUUCUUAUGCGGUUGUCUCUAUCAUGGGCCCACAAAGUAGCGGGAAGAGUACACUUCUAAACCAUCUAUUUCAUACCAACUUCAGGGAAAUGGAUGCAUUCAAGGGAAGGUCUCAAACCACCAAAGGUAUUUGGAUGGCUCACUGUGCUGGCAUUGAACCUUGCACUAUUGUAAUGGAUCUUGAGGGCACUGAUGGAAGGGAAAGAGGAGAGGAUGAUACUGCGUUUGAAAAACAGAGUGCACUUUUUGCUCUUGCUGUUUCAGACAUAGUGCUUAUAAACAUGUGGUGCCAUGAUAUUGGUCGUGAGCAUGCUGCAAAUAAGCCUCUGCUGAAAACUGUAUUCCAGGUCAUGAUGCGGUUAUUUAGUCCCCGAAAAACAACUUUAAUUUUUGUUAUACGUGAUAAAACAAGAACGCCUCUGGAAAAUUUAGAGCCUGUCUUAAGAGAAGAUAUCCAGAAGAUAUGGGAUUCUGUUCCCAAGCCAGAAGCUCACAAAGAAACACCACUGAGUACAUUUUUCAAUAUUCAAGUUGUUGCUCUUUCUAGUUUUGAAGAGAAGGAAGAACAAUUCAAAGAGCAGGUUGCAAAUUUGAGGCAAAGAUUCUACCAUUCUAUUGCACCUGGAGGGCUUGCUGGUGAUAGGCAGGGAGUUGUUCCUGCUUCAGGUUUUUCCUUUAGUGCAGAACAGAUAUGGAAAGUUAUCAAGGAGAACCGGGACCUUGACCUUCCUGCUCACAAGGUGAUGGUGGCUACUGUGCGUUGUGAAGAAAUUGCUAAUGAGAAAUACGCUGCCUUUGUUGCAAACAAGGACUGGUGCGAAUUAGAGAAUACUGUGAAGUCUGAAUUGGUGCCGGACUUAGGGAAGAGGUUUAGUGCAAUGCUUCAAACUUGUUUUUCAGGAUAUGAUGAUGAGACUACAUUUUUUGAAGAAGGAGUUAGGACUUGUAAGAGAAAGCAAAUGGAAGAGAAGUUGUUGCAACUUGUUCAACCAUCCUACCACGCAACAUUGGGACAUAUAAAAUCUGAAACACUUGAAAAAUUCAAUAAAGCAUUUGAAAGCGCUUUGAGUGAAGGACAAGGGUUUGCAGUGGCUGCUCGUGAUUGCAAAACAUCAACCAUGAAACUAUUUGAUCAUCAGUCUGAAGGUGCCAUCAUCAAACAAGCUGACUGGGACACAUCUAAAGUAAGGGAAAAGUGUUCAAACGAAAUCGAUGCACAAAUAGCUGAUGUUCGUAAUACAAAGUUAACCGAUCUUUCUACACUAUAUGAGUCAAAACUGAAGGAAGCAUUAUAUGGACCAGUGGAAGCUCUUCUACAAGCAACUAAUGAUGACACUUGGCCUGCAAUAAGAAAACUUUAUAAACGUGAGACUCAAACAGCUGUCACCGAGUGUUCUGCUGCACUUUGUGGCUAUGAAAUGAAAGAAGACUCCAAAAAAGAAUUCCUUUCGAAAUUGGAAAAUCAUGCUAGAGAUAUAGUUGAAAAGAAAGCCAAAGAAGAAGCUGGCAGAGUUUUAUCUCUCAUGAAAGAGAGGUUUGUAAGCAUAUUUAAUCAUGAUAGCGAUCAAAUGCCUCGAGUUUGGACUGGAAAGGAAGAUAUUCGUGCAAUUACUAAAACAGCUCGUGCUUCUUCUUUAAGGUUGCUAUCUGUGUUGGCUGUAAUUCGUUUGGAUGGAGAUGCUGAUAAAAUUGCAGAUAUACUAGUCCUUACUCUAUUGGAUCCAACAAAAGUUGCUGUUAAAAGCUCCACAACAAACGAUCCAUUGGCCUCAAGCACAUGGGAAAAAAUCCCAGCAUCGAGGACGUUGAUUACUCCUGUUCAGUGCAAAUCUUUGUGGUGUCAAUUUCAGAGAGAGACAGAGUAUACUGUAACUCAAGCUAUUUCUUCACAGGCAUCUAACAAGCGAAGCAGCAACUGGUUACCACCUCCAUGGGCUAUUGCUGCUUUGUUCGUCCUGGGAUUCAAUGAAUUCAUCACUCUUUUGAGGAACCCGUUGUAUCUAGUAAUGAUUUUCAUCAGCUAUUUGCUUCUGAAAGCUUUGUGGGUUCAAUUAGACAUAGGUGCUGAAUUCCGACAUGGCUUUCUUACAGGAAUUCUGUCGAUUUCCACCAAGUUUGUUCCCACCAUCUUCAAUCUUAUGAGAAAACUGUCGGAACAAGGACAAAGGCCCACCGAACUCCAAAACCGUCCACACAGCUCCUAACUAAUAUCGAGGACGACGACUUUCCAUAUAAUAACACUCGCAUCGCAUUUGAUCUCUAUAAAGCUAGUAAUUUAAGUAAACGGAACCUAAUUGAUGAGGCCCUAUGGACAUGUCACACGUGGUGAACGUGAAUCAGUUCCAUACAUAUUUGUGCGUGCCGAUUUAACUGGUCAACUUUGUGAAUACGAUUCAUAUUGGGUUUUGAAGAAUCCUAGCUACACCCGAACAGUACCAUAUUCUAUUAAUUAGGCGAUUCUACUUACUUGCUUUACAACUUCCUUUUAAUGGUUUUCUCUUGUAACAAAGCCAUAUUUCUUGUGUAUUUUAGUGUAUGGAACAUGUAUCCA